AUGUCGUUGAAGCAGGAAAUCGAGACAUGGGUGCAGGCACUCGCUCACUACGACAGUAAUGAAUACGACGAAUCUCUACGAGUUUUUGACAAUAUCGCCGAUACGUCCAAGAUUUUAUUCAAUUGCGGCGUUAUUCACGCCACAUUGGGCGAACAUGAGAAAGCGGUGGAAUGCUAUCAACGUGCGGUAUCGCUCGAUAAUUACCUCGCUGUAGCAUACUUCCAACAAGGCGUCUCCAAUUUCUUGCUUGGCGACUUCGAAGAAGCCCUCGCCAAUUUCAACGAUACCCUUCUUUACCUCCGCGGAAACACAUCGAUAGACUACGAACAGCUCGGAUUGAAAUUUCGCUUAUAUUCGUGCGAGGUGUUGUUUAACCGUGGAUUAAGCUAUAUUUACCUACAGCAGAUGGAGCCGGGGUUGCAGGAUUUGCAGUUUGCCUCCAAGGAAAAAGUCACGCCGGAUCAUGAUGUGAUAGAUGAGGCGAUUAGGGAGCGGGCUGAAGGAUACACCGUCUUCUCAAUUCCAGUCGGCGUAGUCUACCGACCAAACGAAGCCAAAGUUAAGAACCUCAAGACAAAGGACUAUCUCGGCAAAGCAAGGCUGGUAGCAGCCUCGGACCGCAACAAUGCAUUCACCGGCUUCCAAGGCUCAGAACUUAAGAAAGCUAUGGCCAUUGAGACCGCAGCCAAAGACGACAGACCAGUUGAGGGCAUUUCAUAUGCCGCCACAAAUCUCGUGCAAAAGAAUCUUACAAGCCGAAGUCGACAACAAUCCGAACCGCCAAUGGGUAGAAAUACGUUUCCACCUACGCCGCCUCCAGAGUCGGAUAAGAGUUCGGCUAGUAAUGUUUCUUCUGGAGGGUUGACGCAGCGUGCUCUCUCGGUCAGGUCUGGUGCUGGUGGUCGUCCUCCUAGGCUGGACUUGGAUCGACCUGGUGGUGCAGGCACGAACGGACGGACGAUGGGUGAUAUGCAGUCUAUGGAGAAGUCUCGGAUUGGCACAGUUCGUACUGCCUCUGAGCCUCGAGGACCGCCCUCGCGACAGUACUCGAACGCAUCACGCGCGAGAGAUGGACGGCCUCGUCUCUAUCGCGAGACGACUGGUGGUAGUCGUCGCGGCGAUGGCGGAUUCGAGUUCGUGCCUGAAGAAGAAUACAAUGACGAGGUUCUUGAUAUGUAUAUAAGCCCACGCAGCAACCAAAAUGGAUUCGCACCCAAGUCUCGCCAACAGCAACAACGUCGCUACAUCGAAGAAGAGCCAGAAUACAGCAGCGAAUACGAAGACGACAUGCCCGAAGACGCAGAAUUCGAAAUGAUCAAUGAACAGCCACUGCCUCCAAAACAGCGUACCAGGUACAGUUCCACCCAAUCUCAGAGUUCAGGGCAAGGACGAAGAGCACCCUCCCGCAGACGCACAAUGCCUGAAAUCAGAAAAUUCCGCGUCAAGGUUCAUGCGCUGGAAGAUACACGGUAUAUCAUGAUUGAAGGGAAUAUCGGGUACGGCGAGUUUGAGGGCCGGAUUCGCGAGAAAUUUGGCUUCAAAGGAUUGUUGAGAAUACGCAUGCGUGAUGAUAAUGAUAUGAUUACGAUGGGGGACCAGGAGGAUUUGGAGUUGCUGCUGCGUGCGGCGAGGGAUGAGGCCAGGAGGGAGAAUCAGGAUAUGGGGAAGAUUGAGAUCUGGGUUGAAGAAAGGAUCUAA